AGCCCAAGUUGACUUGAGGCCAAACAAAACAAGGGGCAGUAGAAAGUUUGAAACUUUGAGAAAGAUAAACUAGUUUGCAGCUUAAAAUAAUGGUUUGCGUAGCGCAGGAUCAGGAUGGGCUGGUUUGGGUUGGCUGGCUUGCAUUGUCCCUUUCUACUUUGAACUUGACUGACUCUCACUUGCACUGUCUCCUGCUUCAGCUUGCUUCACUUAAAAUUCUGAAAUUUCAGUCUUUUCAGAUCCUUCAUUCUCUGCACAAUAAUUGGUUCUCUUCCUUUUGUUGAAAUUUGAGUGCUUUUGCUUUCAUCACCCACAAGAAUUUUUCUCUCUUGCUUUCUCGGUAAAAUCUUUUCUUGUUAUCUUUGUACACCAACCCAAGAUCUUGAUCCUCCAUACCUGCUACCUUCUUAUUCUAUUCAUUUCUUAAAGCUUUUGCUGUUCUAAACAAAACCCAGAACUUAAAUUCUGCUUUUUCUAUCAACUUUAUAUAGAUAGAAUUGUGGUUGCAGUUCUGCGUUCUCUGUUUUUGAAUUUCUUAAUCUCAUUUGUAUGACUCCAACCUUUCUUUCAUGUGCAUUUAGCUUUCUGAAUAAUGAAGAAUUUCUUGGUUUCUUUCUGUUUGUUGUUUCUCAUUCUAGCCAUUUUCACUCCAAUUUCGAUUGCUCAGUUAACUCCAAGUGAGAGCCGAAUUCUUUUCCAAGUUCAGAAGCUUCUUGAAUACCCUGGAGCUCUUCAAGGAUGGACAAAUUGGACCAACUUCUGUUACCUCCCUCCCACACCUUCUCUCAAGGUUGUCUGUACAAAUAAUCGUGUAACAGAAUUAACUGUCAUUGGAAACAAAAGCUCCCCUUCUCACAGCCCAAAACCAGUUUCAGGGAAUUUUGUGAUUUCUCAGCAGACCCUGUCCAAAAGCUUUUCCAUUGAUUCUUUCUUCACACUUCUCACAAAGCUUUCCAACUUGAAAGUGCUUUCCUUGGUGUCACUGGGUUUGUGGGGUCCAUUGCCAGCCAAGAUCAACAGGUUCUGGUCACUUGAGGAGCUCAACAUUAGCUCAAAUUUCAUUUAUGGGGAGAUUCCUACAUCCCUCAGUUCAAUGAAGAAUCUUAGAAGCAUAGUUUUGGCUGACAAUUUGUUCAAUGGGAGUGUGCCAGAUCUUAAAAGCUUAGCUGCUCUUGAAGAACUCAAUUUGGGUAACAACCACCUAGGACCUGGAUUUCCUUCAUUGGGAAAUAGUCUUGUAAGUAUCAUUCUAAGAAACAAUUCCAUGAGAUCUGAGAUUCCUCCAACAUUGAGGAACUUUGGUCUGCUUCAGAAAUUAGACAUCUCUUCCAACAAAUUUGUGGGGCCAAUCCCUGCUUUCGUGUUCUCUCUGCCUUCAAUUCAGUACCUCAUUCUGGCUCAAAACCAACUAAGUGGUGCUCUCUCAAACAAUGCAACCUGCAAUGGGAAGCUCCAAGUUGUUGAUAUUUCUCAAAACCUUUUGAUAGGGAAACUACCAUCUUGCAUUGGAUCAAAGUCUUUGAACAGAACUGUUCUUGAUUCAUGGAACUGUUUGUCUGGUGGGAAGUCAAAGUAUCAGCAUCCAUAUUCAUUUUGCCACAAGGAAGCACUGGCUGUUAAGCCUCCAGCUAAAACUCAAGAGCAGGAGUCAAAAAUAAAGCUAGGCCUUUUACUUGGUGUCAUUGGUGGUGUUGUGUGUGCUGCUGCAGUCAUUGGGUUGCUGAUUUUGGUCAUUAUCAAAAGGGCAGGGAAGAGGAACAGAGAAGAUAAAUUUGACAGAUCCAUGGUUGAGAAAAUUUCUGUUCGAAGCACCCCAAAGCCGAACAUCGAUGCAAGGCGUGUGCCCCAGAUGAUGAGGUUACCAACACUUGGGCUCCCACCAUAUCGUGUCUUUACAUUGGAAGAAAUUGAUGAUGCAACAGACAAUUUCGAUGCCGCGAAUUUGAUGGGAGAAGGAUCUCAGGGACAGGUCUACAAAGGCUGGCUCAGAGAUGGUUUACUGGUACAAGUGAAAUGUGUGAAAUUAAAGCAGAAGCAGUUGCCCCAAAACUUGAACCAGAGCAUGGAAGCCUUGUCAAAGCUGAGGCAUAGGCAUUUGGUCAGCCUUCUUGGACACUGCACUGUCACUUAUCAGGACCAUCCAACUGCAGCUAGCACUGUAUUUAUUGUUCUUGAGAACAUCGCAAAUGGUUCUUUGGUGGACCAUCUCACUGAUUGGAGAAAGAAGGAGUGGCUGAAAUGGCCACAGAGAAUGGCUGUUUCCAUUGGCAUUGCAAGGGGGGUCCAGUUCUUGCACACAGGGGUUGCACCUGGCAUCUUUGGAAAUAAUUUGAAGAUAGAGAACAUAUUGUUGGAUGAGAGUGUUUCUGCUAAAAUCAGUAACUAUAAUCUUCCAUUGCCAUUUCAGAUUGGUUCAGAGAGCCCUCUUAAUGGACAGGGUAUUAGCAGCAGUAAACCUCAUCUAAACAGUGCCGAAGCUGAGAAGGAAGAUAUUUAUCAGCUGGGGAUUAUUCUAGUUCAAGUUCUUACUGGUAGAUUGAUCAAAUCAGCUAGUGAAUUGGAUGAGCUAAAGAUUCAGUUAGAAAAAGGCUUAAUAGAAGGACCAUCAAAACUAAGAGGAGUCAUAGAUCCGUCGAUGCAGGGAAGUUUCGCGUAUCAGUCAUUGAAGACCGCCGUCGAAAUCACCAUCAAUUGUCUGAGCAGAGAUCCAAGCAAGCGUCCUUCCAUAGAUAACGUUCUCUGGAACUUGCAGUAUUCAAUUCAAGUUCAAGAGGGAUGGACCAGCAGCGGCAACCUCAGCGCUCAGAUGUAGUAGCAACACAACACGCUUUCAUUUUAAGUGCAUGUAAUUCAACUCUCUUCCUUGUUAGGCACAGUGUCUAUAUGAAUAAAAUGCAAAUACAGCUCGUGUUUACUGUUUUACCUUAAACAGUUUUUAGCACGUCUCAAGUUUUCACCA